GGGUGUUUCCUGUGUGUGGCAUUAUAAUUUUCACUGGCUUUGAUCUGGCCUCAAAGAACCAUAAGUGCCUUCUUUACUGAAUGCCCUCACAGAGGAUAUCACAUUUGAUCUACUGCUGAGAUGACUUUACAAUUCCAAGAUGUAUUUUGGGGAGUGGAUUUCAUCAGUAAUGUGGGAUAUGAGGCUCUCAUCCAGAGACUCUGUGAGGGUCGACGGAUGUGCAAAGACAUGGAGGAGCUCUUGAAGAUGAGGGCAUCUGCUGAAGAGAGAUAUGGCAAGGAGUUAGUGAUGAUUGCACGCAAGGCAGGGGGUCUCUGUGAGAUCAGCACUUUGAGAGCAUCCAUUGACCAACUCAAAGUCCAAAUUGAGAACAUUGGGAACCUACACAUACAGCUCUCUGGGAUGUUAAAGGAAGAGGUCAAGAGGAUGGAACAGUUCAGGGAUCGACAGAAAGAGCAGAGAAAAAAGUUUGAAGGCGUCAUGGACAAGGUUCAGAAGAUAAAGGUGUCUUUAUACAAGAAAACAAUGGAGUCUAAAAGGUCCUAUGACCAAAGGUGCAGAGAGGCAGAUGAGGCAGAGCAAGCUGCUGAGAGGAUGAGCAGUGCAGCCACCACCACACCCAAGCAGGCUGAAAGGAUGCACAACAAGUCUAAGCAGUGCAGAGAGGCAGCAGGAGAGGCAGAAAAACAAUACAUGUCAAACAUUGAACAGCUAGACAAGAUUCGCCAAGAAUGGGAAACCACGCAUGAGAGCACAUGUGAGGUCUUUCAGCAGCAGGAGGGAGAUCGUAUCAACAUCCUAAGGAAUGCCAUCUGGGUCCACUGUAACCAAUUCUCAAUGCAAUGUGUCAAAGAUGAUGAGUGUUUUGAGGAUGUGAGGAAAAAUCUAGAACUGUGUGACAUCACGGUAGACAACAACUGCUUUGUUGAGAUGAAAAGCACUGGCUCAAGUCCACCAGCUCCCAUUGUGUUUGAGAACUACUAUGAGAGGGAGCCCUCAACAGACACCAAUGGCAGUGCCCGCUUUGUAGGAGGAGUUAUGAAGAGGUUUUCAAACCUUUUGCAAGGCAACUCCUCGGCUGGCUCCAAAAUUAACGUCAAUGACUGUUCACAGCCAUUAGCCCCACCUACUGCCGACACAUCAGAUGGAGUGUACGCCUCCAUUCCUGGAUUUCAGCCAGUUGAGCCAACCAUCUCAGAGAGCAGAGAGAAGUACCAGGCACUAUAUGACUAUGAGGCUCAGAGUGCGGGUGAGCUGUCCAUGUCUGGAGGGGAGAUGGUGGUGGUCAUUGAGCAGGGUGUGGAUGGCUGGUGGACUGUGGAGAGGAACGGUCUGUCAGGACUGGUCCCUGGAUCCUAUCUGGCCAAAUAAUGAACUCCUCUUGGCACAAGUAGUAAGGCUGGAAGGCCCAUAGCAUAGCCCUACCCUGCAUAUGUCUUAGUUUGACUAUUUCCUCUAAGCCUAACAGUGCUGAUAAUGUUAGCUCAGUCUUGGCUAUACUGUAUGUGUUGUUGAGUGACCUCACUGACCUGAGACCAUGGCUUUAUCUAAUGAUGGAGAUUAUUAACUUAUUUGUUGUCAAGAUGGAAAGAGAUGUGCACUUACCUGUUUCCUCUCAAGUCAACAGGCAAUACAGUUUGUGUUGUUGAACAAUCCUACUGUAGCCAGGACAGCUGCAAAAUAAAGCACUCUAGUUUUUACAUUUGGUUGAGUUGUCAACUAAGGUGAAAUCAGCAAAAAAAAUGUCACUGUCAUUGGAUUAAGGUUCAAAUAAAAAUGUCCCUUAUGUUGAUGACUUUGCAAAUCCAAUCAGUUUUUCAAUGUCAUCACAUAUAAUUGUUGUUGUUGAAAUGGUUUGAAAACAACUUUGAUUAAACCAGUGUUUUUCCCA